AUUUGCACAAGUGUAGCUCGGUUUUGUUCUGCGUUGCUAAGUCUAUAGCUGUUUAAGCGGCGUCGUUUCGUGUCAUGCACGGGAGACGUUCACGCAUGUAAGGUGAAUCUCUUGGUCAUGCCUCUUUAAAAGGCUCCGAAGUUCCUCCGAAACGGCGUCUCGAUCGGCGCUCCUCCCUUCCGUGUACCUGAUCUCGAAUGUGAAUCGCAUCUCAAUCGCACGCCUCGGCUCUUUCAGCGGCUCCCUCCGUGUUUACCAGCGAUCGGCGCUUUCACUUUGACAACAAGAAUUCGUCUCAUCCAGCGCGUGCACUGCACCUGCCGUCUCCGCUCCGCAUCCGAGCAUCCGCGAAACGUAACGAGUCCUUGAAUCCACCUGCAGUGCCGCCUCCUGGACAGAAACGAUGCCUUCCAUGCAACUCGUGCACUAUAAGCUCGUCGGCUGCAUAUGUAUCUCAGCCAAAGCCAGAGAGGAGCGUUCAGGCAGCGCUAUGGCUGGGAGAGUGCUGUUUUUACUCGGGGUCUUGGUGGCCGGGACCUGGGCAGGAGGCGGAGGGGUAGCUAGCGGGGGACAUCACGAAGAGGAUGCGGAGAGCCCUUGUGAAGUGAAGACGGUUACCGUGUCUACUUUACCAGUGCUUCGGGAGAAUGAGUUCAGUUUUACCGGAGGAGGUGCAAGCAGCUUGGCCGGGGGAGGAGCAGGAGAGUCCCGGCUGCUGCUUUUCGUUAGGACCGACUUGCCGGGGAGGAUCUCCGUGCUGGAUGACCUGGACAACACGGCUCUGCCUUACUUCACAUUAGAAAUGUCUGGGACGAGUGCCGAUAUCUCCCUGGUACACUGGAAGCAGCAAUGGCUUGAGAAUGGAACUCUUUACUUUCACGUUUCCAUGAACAGUGCCGAACAUCUGUCACAGGUUACGGCACCAACUUUACGGGAGCCGUCAGAGAUUGUUGAUGAGCAGCUGCAUAUCUUGCAUAUUUCAGUCAUGGGAGGGCUGAUCGCACUACUUCUCCUAAUUUUAAUUUUCACUAUGGUCCUCUACGCUCGACGGCGAUGGUGUAAAAGAAGACGUGUCCCACAGAAGAGUGCAAGCACAGAGGCGACACAUGAGAUCCACUAUAUCCCAUCCGUUCUUCUAGGUCCGCAGGCUCGGGACAGCUUUCGCAGUUCCCGCAUUCAGGCCCAUAACUCUGUUAUUGGAAUUCCCAUCCGUGAGACUCCUAUUCUGGAUGAUUAUGAUUAUGACGAAGAUGAGCACCUGCGAAGGUCUGAUGGCAAGCGAGAGGAUGAUUUUGGGAGCCAAGUAACCCGCACAAUGGAGAGUAUUGGAAAAACAGAAGAUGACAAGCCCAGCUUAGAGAAAAAAGCCAACGACACCAAACAAGACACUGUGGAGUGCUUGAUGCAGAAGUUCAAGGAGAGUUUCCGGACAAACACGCCGAUAGAGAUCGCCCACUUGCAGCAAGUAUCUCGCAGUUCAUCUACCAGCAGACCGAAGAGAAGAAGCCGGUCCAGAGGAGGUACUUCAUUUGGCCGAACAGGAGACUCUGGUUCGGAAGCAGAUGAUGAGACACAGCUGAAGUUCUUCACAGAGCAGCACAGGGGCCGGAGAAGGAGCAAAGGUUCUCCACGAAGCCCUGUGCAUAAAAACACUCUGACAUUAAUCACCGUGACUACCUGCAUCCUGGCAGUAGUGUUUGGCAGUCAACUGUCCUGUCCUCUCACUGUGAAGGUGACUCUUCAUGUGCCUGAACACUUCAUCGCAGACGGAAGUAGUUUUGUUGUGAGUUUGGGAAGCUACCUGGAUGUGUCUGACUGGUUGAAUCCAGCAAAGUUGACCUUGUAUUACCAAACCAACUCCUCAUCAGCAUGGGUACAGGACCUUUGUGGGCAACGAACAACAGAGCCGUGUGAGCAGCUCUGCGAGCAUGACACAGGUGAAUGCAGCUGUCAUGAAGGCUACUCACCAGAUCCAGUACAUAAACAUCUCUGUAUAAGGACUGACUGGGGAGACAACAAAGGCCCUUGGCCGUACACCACCCUGGAGAAAGGAUAUGACUUAGUCACUGGGGAACAACCGCCUGAAAAAAUAUUCAGGACUACUUAUAAUCUUGCUCAGGGCUUAUGGAUACCAGGCAGUAAAAGUUUUGUGGUCUCUCCAGUAGAUGUCUCAAUCAGUCCAAUGGCCAGCUGUAAGACAGAUGUGCUUGUCACAGAAGAUCCAGGGGAUGUAAGGGAAGAAGCUAUGAUGUCGACCUAUUUCGAAACAAUUGAUGAUCUGCUUUCUUCAUUUGGACCAGUGAGGGAUUGCGCUAAGGAAAAUGGGGGAUGCAGAAAAAAUUUCAAAUGUGUGUCUGACAGAAGGCUGGACUCUUCGGGUUGUAUGUGUCCAGUCGGUCUAAGGCCUAUGAAGGAUGGAUCAGGUUGCUACGACUAUUCUAAAGGUACAGAUUGUUCAGAUGGGUUUAACGGAGGAUGUGAGCAACUUUGUCUUCAGCAGCUGGUGCCUUUACCUGAAGACCCCUUGUCCAAUAAUGUUCUCAUGUUCUGUGGAUGUGUGGAGGAGUACAGACUGGCAGGUGAUGGAAGAUCCUGCAUUCUGCUCUCUGACGUAUGUGAAAGUCCAAAAUGCCAGCGACACGACUCCAAACUGAACGACACGCUUUUUGGAGAAAUGCUGCAUGGUUUCAACAACAAAUCCCAAGAAGUGAACCAGGGCCAGGUGUUCCAGAUGACAUUUAGGGAUAAUAACUUUAUAAAAGACUUCCCCCAGUUGGCUGAUGGCCUGAUGGUGAUCCCCCUUCCAGUUGAAGAGCAGUGCCGUGGAGUUCUUUCUGAGCCACUUCCUAACCUGAGCCUCCUGACUGGGGAUUCCAAACACAAUGAAGCAACAGGAUACCCCAUGGUGCAGCAGUGGAGAGUACGAAGUAACCUCUACAAAGUAAAACUCAGUGCAAUUACCCUUUCUGCAGGUUACUCCAAAGUCCUGAAAGUGCUGAAUGCUCACAGCAGCCGAGAAGAGCUGCUAUCAUUCAUCCAGGAAUAUGGCAGCCAUUACAUUGCAGAGGCCCUGUAUGGCUCAGAGCUCACUUGUACCAUCUACUUCCCCAGCAAAAAAGUUCAGCAGCAGCUGUGGCUACAGUACCAGAAGGAAACUACUGAAAUGGGAAGCAAGAAGGAGCUGAAAUCCAUGCCAUUCAUUACGUACUUAUCAGGACUACUCUCUGCCCAGAUGUUGACUGAUGACCAGCUUAUUUCUGGUGUAGAGAUCAGGUGUGAAGAAAAGGGCCACUGCCCCGCAACGUGUCACCUCUGCAGAAGACAAGGCAAGGAACAGAUCAGUCCUACGCCAGUUCUGCUGGAGAUCAACCGGGUGGUGCCGCUUUACAACCUUAUACAAGAUAACGCAACAAAAGAGGCUUUCAAGAGCGCAGUAAUGAGUUCCUACUGGUGCAUGGGAAAAGGUGAUGUCAUCUCCAACUGGUGCAGAUGUGACCUGAGUGCCUUUGACGAAGAUGGCCUUCCAAGCUGCAGUCCCUUGCUCAAGCCUGUGAUACGGCUAGCAGCCAACCUGGAGCCAUCGAGCACUAUGGUAGCACUUGAAUGGGUGGAUGUUGAACCAAUAAUAGGAUACAAGAUUUCAGAUUACAUCAUACAGCACAAAAAAGUAGAAGACCCAUUGGAGGCAGAAAUAUAUACAGGGGAAGUAAUAAGCUUUGCUGAUGACCUUCUCUCAGGUCCUGGCUCUUCCUGUAUAGUGGCGGGUAAACGUCAUGGAGAUUUUGGUCAGCCUCUUAUCUACUCUUUAAUCUUUAAGUGCCUGGAACCAGAUAGCCUCUAUAAGUUUACUCUCAUUGCACUGGACAGCAGAGGGAGACGAUCAGAAUCGAGUUUUGUCUCAGUCCGAACGUCAUGCCCAAUGGUAUCAGACAACAAAGCUGAAGAACUUGCAGAAAAAGUUUAUAACUUAUACAAUGGCUAUACAAGUGGAAAGGAGCAGCAGACUGCCUACAACACUCUAAUGGAGAUUUCACCUUCCAUGCUCUACAGAGUCCAACAUCAUUAUAAUUCACUCUAUGAAAAGUUUGGUGACUUUGUGUGGCGCAGUGAAGAUGAACUGGGACCAAGGAAAGCUCACCUCAUCUUGAGGAGACUGGACAGGGUCAGCAGAUACUGUGCCGCACUUCUGCGCAGCGCAUACAUUCAGAGUCGGACAGACACGGCGCCCUAUCUGUUUUGCCGAAGUGAUGAAGUUCGACCACCCAAUACGGUCUGGCAUGGGUCUUUACAGGACAUAAAAGUGACUUGUGAAGAAAAAUUAAUGUCAGUUCCAAGAAAUAUAUAUGGAGACUCAAAACUACGAUGAGAGCAUUUACAUGAGACUUUGGAAGCUACUUUCUUUUUGUUUAUUAUGAUUUAUUUUUUACUAAGUGCUUCAUAAGGACAAUUUAAAAAAAUAAAUAAAUAAACGACAACAAUUUUUAUUCUGGACCACAAGCUGCAAAAGAGGUUUGGUAGUCAUGGUGGGAACUUUCCUUUUCUGAAUCAUAGGCUAUUACGUAGACAGCUUAAAGUGUUAUGUCAGAGCAUGUAAAUGAUUAACAGUGGAUUGAAAUUAAAACUAAAUUCUGAUUUGAAAAGGUAUUUUCAUUUUUUUUUCUAAAGAAAAUUAAAAAAAAAAAUAACUAGUAGAAUUAACAUAAGGGCCAUCAACUAAAAUUGUCCAGGUAAACUAAGAUUGUACAAUCUUGUUCUACUGGAUUACACAAAUGUUUGUCUAUUUGGUGGUGGAUGUUUCGUUUGAAGUCUGAUUUUUUUGGAUACCCAGCAUUCCAAGAGGUACAGUAAAAACAAUGGUUUAUAACUGUU